AUGUUGUGGAAUGAUGUCGUUUACGUGCUACUGUUAUUGCUCUCCGUAGCGAUUGGCCCAUUUUAUCGCAAAAUAGAAGGACCUCGUGCGAAACAAUGGACCGGGACCCUCCUCGGCUUCGCAUUAGUGGUCUGUGUUUCAGGACCGGCGGUUUUACAUCCGAUUAUUACUGUUCUCGUUAACGCCGCUAUCAUAACCAACUUGUCAUGGAAAAAAUGCCAUCUGGUCAGCUUGUAUUUCUCCUUUUUCUACUUACUGGUGAUCUUUCGAUUGGGUGACUAUUUCGGUUUAUCGAGCCCUCCGACUCAUACGAAUCUCGUCGUGAUGAUUCUUACCUUAAAGCUACCUGGACUAGCGUUCGAGAUCAACUCGGCGGCCACGGCACCAGCCGAUGACGCUCAGGGAGCGAAUUCUGACGCGCUCAAGAAAGUUAAUUUCAUGGACAUAAUACAUUAUAGCUUCGGUUAUAUGGGCGUGCUAACAGGUCCAUAUUAUCGUUACAGGACGUACUGGGACUCUCUGCACAGACCGUUUUCCAGCUACGUCGAUCCAUGGCCGCUUACCUAUUACAAACUCAAACAGAUCGCAGCGUUCAUCGUACUGUUUCUAGCGAUAAACCACUUCUUUUCUAGCGACUACACACAAACGGUAGCGUUCGAAGAGCACUGUUUCUUAUAUAGAUUUUUCUACAUGUAUCCGACAUUCGCUGGUUUUCGAUUAAGAAUGUUUAUCGGCAUGGCACUGGCUGAAUGCGUCUGCCAAAUGUCAGGACUAGGAGCUUACCCAACUUGCUGUCAACCUACACCCGGUUUGGGCCCGCGCAAUUAUAAAACAAUCGAAAAAUUAUCACUUGAUCAUGAGAAGGCAAAGAAAGAAGAACAGGAUUUUGAAACGGUGCACAACAUGAACGUGUGGGAAGUAGAAUUGACUCCGUUUGUCAGACACACGAUGAAAAUGUGGAAUACGUGCAUACAAUAUUGGAUGGCUGUGUGCAUUUACAAAAGAUUUCCUCAUAAAGGCUUGAGAACCAUCGCCACGUUAACUUUAUCCGCCCUGUGGCAUGGUUACGCUGCAGGCUACUACUUUUGCAUCUGCCAAGUUCCGUUCUAUUUACCCUUGGAGGACAUCUGUGUUAAAUUCUACAAUCAAUGCGAAGAAAACGGACUUGGCAGAAAGGCCUGGGGAUUCUUCCUCUGGUGGGCGAAACUUACAUGCAUGGCGUAUCUUGGCGUGCCUUUCCAGUUAUUGCGCUUCCAGGAAAUAAUACAUUUUUACAAAAGUCUAUACUUCUCUGGCCAUAUCCUAGGGCUUGUAGUGUAUCUAGUCUUACGAGUUCUAAAAACUCACUUUCUUAAAAAACAUCAAAUGGAAGAACAUAAGAAGAAAUAAUUUUUCUUGCAAGUGUAUUAGCUUUAAAGCAGAAGUUUCUAUAUCAAGAAGUCAGAUAUCUUGAUUUAGUUAAACUGUUGAUUAAUGAAAACCUAUGAAUCAGGAGAUCAGUUUUCGAUUAUUUGAUAAUUUUUUAUAAAUGUUAUAUUUUUUUCUUGUAUGAUACCUUAGUAUUUCUUCUUUUACAUUUACGA